AUGACCACCACCAACUGGAACAAGUGGUCCGUAAAGGAUUUUCGAAGUGAGUCCCAUAUCAGACCCAAGUUGAUCCCGGGUUUCGAUCGGCUGGAUGGCAGACUGAGAGGGGUGCUCCGGGAGCAGGAUUUGCAAAUGGAUUUGCUCAAGCGAAAACAGGCGGGUGGUGGCCAAAAGCAGAGAAGGGCCAACAAGCUGAAGAAGAUUGGGAAACAGAUCCCUCGGGUAUGUGAGUUCCAGAAAGUGUACGCCGAGAAGCGCAGGGAGCUCAAGCGUUUGGCCAAAAACCAAAGAAAUGAGUUCCAGUUCCGGAGCAGUCCUGUGCCCAACUUUGAGCGAUCCCAUCAGCGUUUGGAAAGGCGUAGGCUAUACCUGAACUCCCUGCAGAAGGUAACGAAGCCCCAAUGUCCUGGCACUCUGGCCACUUCGAUGGAGGCGCUCCACAAACGCAAGGGGGAGCUGAAGCAGCGCCGGAAGCUGACUGACUUUGUGCCCAGCAUCAAUCCGGGGUCUUCCAUGGACUAUCUGCACCGCCAGCCCUUCAUCCCGCAAGUCGAGUCCACCCACACCCGUCCAAAACCUUUUCGUCUCCACACUUCUGAGCGCGUACUAAGACGUCGGCUGUACGACGAGAGGAAAAGGAUGCGAAUGGAUAUGCAGAUGGAGCUGCAGUCCAGAAACUGGCUGAAGAGGGAACGAUCUGAAUUCCGCAAGCUCCGCCAGAUGACAAACUUCAAGGCCACUCCGAUUCCCUGGAAGCGGAAAAAGGUCGUCGCCGCAGUGAAAGUAGAAACUUAAAUUUCAUAAAAAUAAAUUUUGAAAAUUAUGCUGGUAUCCUA